AUGGUCUACUCCCCCCUCGCUGCCCUCGUCGUCACCCUUGCUGCCGUCGCUCACGCCCUGCCCCAGAGGGACCCGUACACGCCCGGCUCCAACGACCCCAGCUCUCCCGACUACCCGCGCGACGAGAAUCCGUGCGGAACGCCCGCCGAGCGCGCGGCGGGCUUUGUAUGGUGCGACUUUGAAUGUGUCAACCGCAACAUUACCUCGCACCACUGCGGCUCAUGCUAUAACUGGUGUGACGAACUCGAGGGUGCCUUCCGGGUGUGCCGCGAGGGCGCGUGCGUCAAGUGCCCGCCUGACCAGAGGAUGUGCGCCAACCUCUGCGUCAACAACGAGAAUGACAAUAACCACUGCGGCGACUGCUACAACAAGUGCGAGGUAGGGAAAAACUGCGUAAAGGGCAGCUGCGUCUAGUCGUAAUAGGCCAGGAUAAUGCGUC